AUUUCAAUUAACAAUUUUUAAAACAUAUUGAAACAAACGUAUUUUGCAAACUUCUCAUAUUAUUGAUGCGUAAACAUUGAUGUCUAAAAAAAAAAAAGAUACAUUAAGAACAAAUUUGACCAAGUAUCAACGAAUUAAAGAUAGCAACACACCCUACUGCCCAUACUGUUUGUAUUGAUGGACUGUGAGUAAUGGCUAAUAGAUAUGACUGAUAACAACCAAAGAAUCGGAUAUCAAGGCCUUGAAUCUUUAUCAGCGUCUCCUCGAUCUUUAGGGAGUCCAAAUCAUGAUUUCCCAAGAGGGCCUCCCGGAAGUCCCAAUUACCCGGAUUCUCCUACUAGACCCCCACAAAGCCCAAUGCGGACACACUCUGCAUCUCCACGACCACCAAGUAGUGCGAGAACAAGAUCAAGACCAAAAAGCAGCCGUUACAGAUUAAGAGCGGCAUCUUUGGAUUUAGAUGCGGCAUCUCAAAUGCAUACACCAAGUCCACCAGCAACUCGACCAACGUCAUCAUUCUCCCGCCAUCCAGCACUGCCCCCUAUUGGCACUAAAAUUGCUCCUGUUGAUGAUAUCAUUGAUAAGAUGAAUGAUAUGGAUCUCAAAUCUAUUCAACAAGAUGUUAAAAAACUACAAGCUUUGGAAUCUUCCAAUUACAAUGCCAGUCAUACCCAUGAUACACAAACUGAAGCCUUAUCACUAUGCUCAGAUAAUUUAGUCACUCAGCCAUGUCAGCCUGUGGAAUCUCCAUUAAAACAAUCUUAUGAUCUGCCAACUGAGCCAUCAGAGAAUGAAGAGAGAAUUUUGUUAGCUGUUAAAUUAUCUGAUGGGAAAAGACUACAGCGUUACUUCCGUAAAUCAGAAACCUUCUAUUUAAUUCUACAAUUUGCCUCUAUGGAAUGCGACAAAGAUUUACUAGGCUGUAAACUGGUGGAUAAUGCUACCAGGACAACAUUUGAUGAUACAAGUACUAAAAUAAAUGAUGCAGGUCUGGCUGAUAGAACAAUGCUUUAUAUUGAAAUUCCAGAUGAUUAAGUGGAUUUUAAUUAAAUUUAAAUGGCUAAUAAUUAAUGUACUGUAACAAUUACUCAUCAUAUCGCAUCAAGCCCCUAUAAUGUCCCCCUCUCACCAUUCUCUCUCAUAACUCAGAGAGGGAAUGCAAGAGGGACUUCAAGGGCUGGAUGCAAAACUACUGGUAUGACUUUCGACAGAAUGUUAUUCUCCAGAGAAUGUGUAAGAUCAACUACACAUGUUUUUUAACAGAGUUUUGAAAUUGUUCCCAGAAUUUUGACAUUUUCUUUUAAACCUACCGUAGUAUCAGAUCUAUCAAGGAGUAUUCAAUUUUAGAAUAUUUCUGGCUCAUAUCAUUCUUUGUCAUUUCUAUUU